AUGGGCCAACGGAAUCUAACACUGCUCACAGAAUUCAUUCUGAUGGGAGUCACAAGGCGGCCUGAGCUGCAGGUUCCCCUGUUUUGGGUCUUCCUCAUCAUCUACACAGUCACAGUGGUGGGCAAUCUGAGUAUGAUCAUCUUGACCCAGGUGGUCCGCCUACACACACCUAUGUAUUUUUUUAUCAAACACCUGGCCUUCAUUGAUCUUGGUAAUGCUACUGUCAUUUGUCCCAAGAUGCUGCUAAAUUUUGUUGUGGAGCAAAAUACCAUUUCCUAUUAUGCAUUUGCCACACGGUUGGCUUUCUUUCUUAUGUUAAUCAUCAGUGAAUUUUUCAUCUUGUCAGCCACGGCCUAUGACCGUUAUCUGGCCAUCUGUAACCCUUUGCUCUACCAUGUUAUCAUGUCCCAAAGACUUUGUCAUGUACUGGUAGGCAUUUGAUACCUCUACAGCACCUUUCAGGCUCUAAUGUUCACUGUAAAGAUUUUUACAUUGACCUUUUGUGGCUCUAACGUCAUCAGUCAUUUCUACUGUGAUGAUGUUCCCUUGUUACUUAUGUUCUGCUCAAAUGCACAAGAAACAGAAUCAUUGAUCAUACUAUUUUCAGCAUUGAAUUUGAUCUCUUCCCUCCUGGUAGUCCUAAUGUCCUACAUACUCAUUCUGAUAGCCAUAUUUCGAAUGCAUCCUGCAGAGGGCAGGAAAAGAGCUUUCUCCACAUGUGGUUCUCAUGUGAUGAUGGUGGUUGUAUUCUAUGGGCCUCUACUGUUUAUGUACAUGCAGCCCAAAUCCACUCAUUCCUUUGAUACUGAUAAAGUGGCCUCUGUGUUUUACACUUUAGCGAUCCCCAUGCUUAACCCCUUGAUCUACAGCUUAAGGAACAAAGAGGUAAAAAAUGUCUUCCACAGAGUCUUUAAGAAUCAAUGCAAACUUUGUAUCUAA